UCCAUCCGAGAUUUCCCCGACUCGCCACGAAACCGCAGAAAGACAAAGACGGACAGCAACCACUGCGAGAGGCGUAAUACUAGUGCUCGCUUCUCCGCUCCUUCCACCUUGACUUGAUCUCGCCAUGGCCGCCACCGUCGCCGUGGAGAACCUGAACCCCAAGGUUUUGAAAUGUGAGUAUGCAGUCCGUGGAGAGAUUGUCAUCCAUGCUCAGCGCUUGCAGCAACAGCUACAGACUCAACCAGGAUCUCUACCUUUUGAUGAGAUCCUGUAUUGCAACAUUGGAAACCCACAGUCUCUUGGUCAGCAGCCAGUUACAUUCUUCAGGGAGGUUCUUGCGCUUUGUGAUCACCCAUACCUGUUGCAAAGAGAUGAAAUCAAAUCAUUGUUCAGUGCUGAUUCUAUUUCUCGGGCAAAGCAGAUUCUUGCCUCGAUUCCUGGAAAAGCAACAGGGGCAUACAGUCAUAGCCAGGGUAUCAAAGGACUUCGUGAUACAAUUGCUGCUGGGAUCACCUCACGAGAUGGAUUCCCUGCUAAUGCAGAUGACAUCUUUCUUACAGAUGGAGCAAGUCCGGGGUAUGAACUGUACAUUUCGUGUAUCAUAUUAUUGUUCCCUUGCCAGGUGCACUUGAUGAUGCAGUUACUGAUAAGGAAUGAGAAAGAUGGCAUUCUUGUUCCUAUUCCUCAGUAUCCCUUGUACUCGGCCUCCAUAGCUCUUCAUGGCGGAGCUCUCGUCCCAUAUUAUCUCAAUGAAUCGACAGGCUGGGGUUUGGAAAUCUCCGAUGUUAAGAAGCAACUAGAAGAUGCUCGGUCAAAAGGCAUCGAUGUUAGGGCUUUGGUGGUUAUCAAUCCAGGAAAUCCAACUGGACAGGUUCUUGCUGAGGAAAACCAAUAUGACAUAGUGAAGUUCUGCAAAAAUGAGGGUCUUGUUCUUCUGGCUGAUGAGGUAUACCAAGAGAAUAUCUAUGUUGACAAUAAGAAAUUUCAUUCUUUCAAGAAGAUAGUGAGAUCCUUGGGCUAUGGCGAGGAAGAUCUCCCUCUAGUAUCAUAUCAAUCUGUUUCUAAGGGAUAUUAUGGAGAGUGUGGUAAAAGAGGAGGUUACAUGGAGAUUACUGGCUUCAGUGCUCCGGUGAGAGAGCAGAUAUACAAGAUAGCAUCAGUGAACUUAUGUUCCAAUAUCUCUGGCCAGAUCCUUGCUAGUCUCGUCAUGAACCCACCAAAGGCUGGGGAUGAAUCAUUUGCUUCAUACAAGGCAGAAAAAGAUGGGAUCAUCGCGUCUUUAACUCGUCGUGCAAAGUCACUGGAGGAUGCAUUCAAUAAACUUGAUGGAAUUACAUGCAACGAAGCUGAAGGAGCAAUGUACCUCUUCCCUCAGCUUAGUCUCCCACAGAAGGCAAUUCAGGCUGCGAAAGCUGCUAACAAAGCGCCUGAUGCAUUCUAUGCUCUUCGUCUCCUCGAGUCAACUGGAAUUGUUGUUGUCCCUGGAUCUGGGUUUGGCCAGGUUCCUGGCACAUGGCACUUCAGAUGCACAAUCCUUCCUCAGGAGGAGAAGAUCCCGGCAAUCAUCUCUCGCUUCAAGGUGUUCCAUGAGGCCUUCAUGGCGGAGUACCACGACUAAACUGCUCUUGUGCUGUACCAUACAGGACCUUCAUGGAUUUUAUUAUAUAGUCAUUUCGCCCUCUUGACAGCAGCAUCCUGUAGAAUAAACAAAAUAAAGCUAAGCCAUGGCGUCCUUUUUGUGUGUGAUAAAUAUGAGUUAACUGAAACAGAGGCCAGUCUGAUGCUUUUGAUGGCAAAUUGGCAACUGAGGAAAGUUUUAUUUCCCUUCU